AUGUCCAGGGCAGUCCUGGAACGGGACAUCAACAAGUCCGGGAAGCUGCCGUUCCACGUGAGUGUUCCGUGUGUUGGACUAUGGGAAUACAGCGAGUCCUGCCAGCAGCUACUGUUGGAGUCGAUGCGCUGGUGUCAGAAAAUAUCUGGACAUGGAGUGGAGCCAAAUCUUUUCGGAGAUAUCAGGGGUCUGCUUGGAGGGUCUUGGUACGGUGAGGCAAUGAGUUACUCUCAGCGCCUACAUGCCGGGAGCAAUGCAGAACUGGUCUCUAGCAUGGAAUGCAAGAUCCAUCGAACGAGCUGUCCUCUGCCACGUCCGAUCUUCGAUGUCAGCGGCCUCCCCUGUCCUGAUAUGAGCUCAGCAGGCAAGAGGCUGAAGAGGGCUGGAGACACAAACACUGUGUACAUUGCCCAUGGACGGUUCGUGACGACAAAGCGAACUCCCUUGAUCCUGGUGGAGUGCACCAAGGACCUGGACAUGGGCAUGCUGGAGGACACGCACCCGGACCACGACUUCUACCAGAUGUUCUCUGAGCCAUCGGACUUCGGUUACAGGGGCUUGUCUCGGUUUCGCACUUGGGUGAUUGGGUCACACAGGGACGAGUCGGUCUGCUUGCAUGAUCCCUUCGAGCUCCUCGACUCGCUGAAAUCUACCUUCGCCAAGCUGCCAGGGGCCACGGUGUCGGACUUCCUCGUCGCUUCAGAACCCGAGCUGCACUUGGAGGCAGCAGCCUUGGCGAGACGACGCAAGAGGACCGUUCCUCCUGUGGGAAAAUUCCAGCAGCUACUGAAUGUCAGAGAGUUGUUGUGCAAGCAGCAGUUGGAUGACAAGUAUACCAAGCAAUGGGGUCAACACCCGUGCCAGAACCCUAACCUGGUGUACUACCUCGGUGACUCUGCCCAGUACUGCACAUGGUCAGCCUCUUCCGGUAAGAUCCCGACCUAUCGGACGACAGCUCGCAGUGGGCUGUAUUGGCUGCCCGGCCAGGGCAGAUGGCUUACCUCGAAGGAGCGUUUGUGUUCCAUGGGGUUUCCAUGCACACAUGAAGUGGCAGAGGGUAUGGACGUGCCAAUGCUUGGGGCCACUGACAUCCAGCGGGCAUCGGAUUUGUGCGGCAACAGUAUGCACUUCACGACAUGUGGCAUCAUGCAACUCAUCAGUUUGAGCUGCUUCGGCCCGCGCUGA